CUGGGAGUGACCUCCGCUCCGCUCUGCCCCAUGUGCUCAGUGGGAGUUGAACCGGCGGCGCAGAAAGUGAGGAAGGUCGAAGCGGAACCGAAGCAGCAGAAUGUCUCAGGAAGCGUUUGACAAGGCGGCAGAGGAGGUGAAGCAGCUGAAAUCCACCCCCACAGAUGAGGAAAUGCUGGAGACCUACGCACUGUACAAACAGGCCACCGUAGGGGAUGUAGAUACAGCCCGACCUGGAAUGUUGGACUUCAAAGGCAAAGCCAAGUGGGAUUCCUGGAAGAAGAAGGAAGGAACCAGCAAGGAGGAUGCCAGGGCCCAGUAUGUGGAUUGGGUUGAAAAGCUAAAGGCCAAAUACGGAUCGUAACGUGUCUCCGCCCCUAAGGGGCAAAUACGGAUGUUGCCCUGUCUCGGUGCCCUUUGCGCUGAAUAACGGUUCCUUUUGUACUUUUCAUACACCAGCUGUACAGUAACAAUAAAGUCUCUGUCCCUUUC